AGCACUGGUGGAGAAUAGAAAACGGCUGUUUUUAAAAUUGAACGAAAAUAAAGAAAGCACAAUUUGCUGUUAAACUACGUGAUUUUUGCUGUUUAUUUGGCUGCGAUAUAGUUUGAUGGCUGAAUACCCAGAUAUGGAAAAGAAGAGCCGCAAAAAAGCAGAUGCCUCAAGAAAGAAAGAAAGUGACCCUUCGAAGCCUAAAAGACCGACGACAGCAUACUUUUACUACCUUGCAAAUUGCCGUGCAGAAAAUAAUAGACUCGGUAACACUCCAUUAAAAGUGACUGAAUUCUCUAGGAUAUACGCCGGGAAAUGGAAAACUUUACCCCCUGAUGAGAAGAAAAUAUAUGAAGACAUGGCCUUAAAAGACCGCGAGAGAUGGCUUCAAGAAACCGGAAAGCUGAACAAUGAUUCUGAUAAUAUGAAGCCAAAACGUCCCCAGUCAGCUUAUUUGAUGUUUUUGAAAGAUUAUCGGAAAAACAAUUCCGGUAAAAUGAAGGCAUCAGCCCUAAUUUCGAAAGCCGCUGAAGAGUGGCGCAUUCUUCCAGAUAUGAAAAAGAAAGUUUAUACAAAACAAUUCCUCGAGGACCAGGCUCGAUACCAACAAGAGAAGGAAAAUUACGUGAAUGGUAAAAAAGAUGAAGUUCAACUGGCAAAGCGACCUCGAAGAGAAAAGUUUCAUAACGAAAACUUUGAAAGUGAGGUUGAUGUAUAAUUUCGUUUGUUAUCACCUCGUUCUUUAUUUGGAAACAAAUUUAAAAUAUAAAUUGUUUUGAAUUACACAAAAGACACGUUCUCUUUACGCACGCAAUGUAUUUUAAAGUUUCAUCCUUUGAAGUAUCUUCCCAUAAUGGGAUUUUGGGACACAAACCAACAUUUAUUGCCUUAAUAGUUUUGUACUUUUAACUUAUUUACAUGUAAUUUUUAAGUGCAUUAAAUAUCUUUUAAAUGUUAAAUAAAAUCUGA